CCAGCCGGCUGUAGGCAUUCGGGGCAGUGUCUUCUGCAUCUCCUAGGAACCUCGGGAGCGGCAGCUCCGGCGCCUGGUAGCGAGAGGCGGGUUCCGGAGAUCCCGGCCUCACUUCGUCCCACUGUGGUUAGGGGUGAGUCCUGCAAAUGUUAAGUGAUUUGCUCAAGGUGCCCAUUUCGCAGGAAUUGGAGCCCAGGCCAGUUCUCUGAGCCUAUCAUUAGGGCUAAAGGAGUGCGUGAUCAGAAUGGUGUUGGGACGGUUCUACUUGUCCUGCCUGCUGCUGGGGUCCCUGGGCUCUAUGUGCAUCCUCUUCACUAUUUACUGGAUGCAGUACUGGCGUGGUGGCUUUGCCUGGAAUGGCAGCAUCUACAUGUUCAACUGGCACCCAGUGCUUAUGGUUGCUGGCAUGGUGGUAUUCUACGGAGGUGCGUCCCUGGUGUACCGCCUGCCCCAGUCGUGGGUGGGGCCCAAACUGCCAUGGAAACUCCUCCAUGCAGCGCUGCACCUGAUGGCCUUCAUCCUCACUGUUGUGGGGCUGGUUGCUGUCUUUACGUUUCACAACCAUGGAAGGACUGCCAACCUCUACUCCCUGCACAGCUGGCUGGGCAUCACCACUGUCUUCCUCUUCGCCUGCCAGUGGUUCCUGGGCUUUGCUGUCUUCCUCCUGCCCUGGGCGUCCAUGUGGCUGCGCAGCCUCCUAAAACCUAUCCACGUCUUUUUUGGAGCCGCCAUCCUCUCUCUGUCCAUCGCAUCCGUCAUUUCAGGAAAAACACCACCAGGCCAUACCACAGCCUGCCCAGUGAGGCGGUCUUUGCCAACAGCACCGGGAUGCUGGUGGUGGCCUUUGGGCUGCUGGUGCUCUACAUCCUUCUGGCUUCAUCUUGGAAGCGCCCAGAGCCGGGGAUCCUGACUGACAGACAGGUAUGGGUUCCAGUCCCACAUUCCAGGGUGGGACAGGGCCAGGUCUAGAGAAGGAUCUCCCACGAAAGUCUGGGGCCUUGACAAGAAGACUUACCCUGUGGCACAGCAGGAAACCAAAUAACUUGAGGGUGGAGUUAGGGUGGCUGAUGGGGAGCACUGGUCCCAAACCAGCGCAUCCCAGUGAAAUGCUGGAACUCCCCAGUCUGUCCAUUGGAAGACAGAAUUUCCCCCCCAAAUCACUGUGGUUCUGUGAGGUGAAGUGUGGCCUUAUCUUCUUCCCUAAGGAAGGGCUUGACUGUGACAAGGGUGUGUGAUUUCUCCUUUACCAGCCUGGGGGCUAGUCUAGUGGGAUGGGUGCCUGGUGACCAGCUGAGUGCUCAGAGCAGGUCUUGAUGGGAUGUAGGGAGAUGGGGUGUGUACCAGGCUCAGGGACUUUGGGGCUUCCUUGAGGGAUUUGGUGGCUUGGAUGGGGACCACCCUGCAGGUUGGGGGUCUGUCUGAACAGCUUGGGCCUGGUGUGACUCCUGCAUCAUGUCAUUAACUCCUGGGCAUCUGCCUCUCUUUCCAGCCCCUGCUGCAUGAUGGGGAGUGAAGCAGCAGGAAGGGGCUCCCAGGAGCUCCUGGUGGUGCAGCCUGUGCUCCCCUCAGAAGCUCUGCUCUUCCCACGGCUCCCGGCUGGUUUCAGCAGGCGACUUUCUUUGAAUGCUGGGCCCAGACUUCUUGCCUGGGUGCUGGCCUGCCCUCUCCGGCCGCUUGCUGCCUGUCUGCUUUCCUUGGUGGCUUUGCCUGGGUGCUGGGCCUGCCUUCUCUGGCCACUUGCUGCCUGUCUGCUUUCCUUGGUGGCUUUGGCUUCUGCACUCCUUGGCCUCAGCCUCUCAGGUCCUCCAUUCACACGAGGUCCUCCUUGCUCUGGCCGCUCUUGCUGCUCCUGUCUGAAGAAAUCAGACUGAUUUCCUCUUAAGACUCCUAGGGGAUGUGGUGAAGAGCUGGGACUCAAGUGCAGUCCACAGUGUGAACCAUGUGGGAGGUGAGGUGUCCGUCCACUUCCCCCAUAAAGGUGUGCAUUUCAGUUAGGCUGCCCCGCCACAGAGCAGGCUUCAUCUGCUUUGCCAUCCAGCCCCAUCUGGAUGUGAGGUGGGGUGGAGACAUCAUGGGGUGAUUGCAGAAGGGGGGAGUGGCGGCCCACGCAGCUUCUGCUGAGGAGCUGACCGCUCUGAGCUGUUCUGUUUCAUAUUGCUGCUCUGUGUCUGCAUGUAUUGUGACCGUGCGGCUCCACCUCUUCCAGCUGCUGCUACAGCUGAGGCCUGGAUCCCAGCCUUUCCCUGUGACUUACAUGUCUGUCACCGGCAGGCAGCCCUACAAAUCCUGGUGACCUGCUCUCCCAAGAACAGAGCCUGUCCCCAGAUGUCCCAGUAGCGAUGAGUAACAGAGGUGGCUGUGGACUUCCUUUACUUCUCCUUGCUGGAUCAGGGCCUUCCUGCCUCCCGCUGGGCAGGUCCGGCCUUGCUCUCUUGGCAGGGCCCCAGCCCCUCUGACCACUCUGCAGCUCACCAUGCAACUGAUGCCAAAGUUGUGGUGUCCUGUGUGCAGCAGCCCUGGGAGCCACUGCCACCUUCAGAGGGGUUCCUUGCUGAGACCCACAUUGCUUCACCUGUCCCCACCAUGGCUGCUUGCCUGGCCCAACCUAGCGUUCUGUGCCAUGCUAGAGCUUGAGCUGUUGCUCUUCUUCAGGGGAGGAAAUAGGGUGGGGAGUGGGAAGGGUCUUGCUCCUCUCCUAAAUGUUGCUGCUGUGGCUUUUUUGCCUUCUCCAAAGAUGCACUGCCAGGUCCCAAGCUUCAGACUGCUGUGCUUAGUAAGCAAGUGAGAAGCCUGGGGUUUGGAGCCCACCUACUCUCUGGCAGCAUCAGUAUCCUACUCCUGGCAACAUCAGGCCAACGUCCACCCCAGCCUCACAUUGCCAGAUGUUGGCAGAAGGGCUAAUAUUGACCGUCUUGACUGGCUGGAGCCUUCAAAGCCACUGGGAUGUCCUCCAGGCACCUGGGUCCCAUGACCAGCUCCCCGUCUCCAUAGGGGUAGGCAUUUCACUGGUUUAUGAAGCUCGAGUUAUAUUAAAUAUGUUAAGAAUCAAA